AUUUGUCUCUCUUAUCUUCUCACAGCUUUUGAAAACCAUGACCUUUCUAAAAAUGAAAAGCCUUUCUUUCUUCUUCACCAUCCUCCUCUCUCUUUCUACGUUCUUCACCAUCUCCGACGCACGGAAGUUUAAUGUCGGAGGCAGCGGCGCGUGGGUUCCAAACCCACCUGAAAAUUACGAAUCUUGGUCUGGAAGAAACCGUUUCCUUGUUCACGACACACUCUAUUUUAGCUACGCUAAGGGAGCUGACUCGGUGGUAGAGGUGAACAAGGCUGAUUACGACUCUUGUAAUUCAAAGAAUCCGAUCAAAAGAGUGGACGAUGGAGAUUCUGAGAUCUCUCUUGAUCGUUAUGGUCCGUUUUACUUCAUCAGUGGCAAUGAAGAUAACUGUAAGAAGGGUCAAAAGCUUGCAGUUGUUGUCAUAUCUGCUAGGGUUCCAUCAACGGCUCAGCCUCCUCACGCCGCUGCACCGGGAAGUUCCACGCCGGGAUCAAUGACUCCACCUGGAGGAGCCCACUCGCCUAAAUCUUCCUCCCCUGUUUCUCCGACUACUUCUCCUCCGGGAUCAAUGGCCCCUAAAUCCGGUUCCCAUGGUUCUCCGAUGACUUCACCGCCGGGAUCAAUGGCUCCUAAAUCCGAUACUCCUGUUUCUCCGGCGACUUCUCCCCCGGCACCACCUAAAUCCACUUCCCCUGUUUCCCCAUCCUCUGCUCCGAUGACUUCACCGCCGGCACCAAUGGCACCUAAAUCAUCUUCCACUGUUCCUCCGUCUUCUGCUCCGAUGACUUCACCACCUGGACCAAUGGCACCUAAAUCUUCAUCCCCUGUUUCAAACUCACCCGCCGUUUCUCCAUCUUCGGCUCCGGGAGGAUCUGUUUCAGAUUCUCCGUCAGCAAACUCACCGUCAGGCUCGGGGAUGGGUCCUUCGGGAGAUGGUCCAUCAGCCUCCGGUGAUAUCACUACGCCGGCGGGAGCUCCAGGGGAGAAAAAAUCGUCGGCGAAUGGUAUGGCCGUUAUGUCUAUUACUACGGCCUUCUUCCUUAAUAAACUGCGUGUCGUCUGGAAUGCACAAAAACGACGCGUACUUUGUACUUUCCCGCCACACAAGAAGUCCCUCAAAUCGAGAAACCUCGCCGAUUCAAGCAGUUUCUCCUCUUUCCUUACGGCGAUGACGGCCAAGCGAAACAGUAAGAAACGCCCUGCUUCGAAGGUCUCAGAUUCCGUCAACUUAUUCCGAUCCCUUGCUUCAGCAAUUACGUCCUCUCAGGUUUCUCAGAAGCCAAUUUUGAAACGUUUAUUGUGCCUUCUGGGUCCUUUAUCAUUAACCCAACCAAUAAAUUGGGAGAAUUGUGACGUCGCUUCACAUUAUUGGAAUAUCAAGUUCAAUGGAAAGCAAGUGGAAUUGAUUAGUUUCGAGGAUGUCUGUUACCUCUCUGAUGUUUUGUUCACAGAGCUUGAUAGGAGUUUCGAAAACCUAUUCGCUACUUUAUUCAAACAAAAGGCUGAAGCUUGUCCCACAUUUGCAAGCACAGAAGAUAGUAUUGAAUUAGCCACUCUGUUCUUAAAAUGUUGUAUGAAGAUCAUGACUUUACUUGUGCCCAAACAAGAGCUGGUUCUGGAGAAGGCCAAAACUCUUCUCUCGAUCCUCAGUAGAUUGGUUUGUGCAAGGAAUGGAGAUUGUUCUUUUGUAUUCACGCAGGACGGUUCUUUUGAUCCUCGCCAUAUGUUUCUUUGUACAGGGAUUGAGGUUUUCAUGGAUGAGAUUUUGGUGAAUAAGUCAAUCAGGGAUCUUCUUUUCGUAGUCGAUUCUGCAUUCUCCUCAUGUAGACUGUUCAGUAAGCAUGAUAGGGCCGGUGUGGUAGAAAUGGUUUCUGCUCAUUUUAUCAUCUCAACUUCUGAUGAGAAAACGAAUCAAAUGUGUAUUGAGAGAUUAUAUUGGAAGCAAGGUAAUGCAUUUAGAACUCCCCAGAUAAGCAUGAGUGCUGCUGUGUCCUUGCUGCUAAACCCGGUUAUGUUCUCUGCACCAAGAAUGAUCCAUGCCUAUGUGGUUUUAUUGGUGUCUGACGCCAUUGGUAUUUGUUCACAUACAUGCAUUAAGGGAUUAGACCUUCAGCUUAUUGAUCACUAUAUUGAUGCAUUUGAAAAGUCUGUUGUAUUGUAUAAGAGACACAUGUCUAAGAGUGAGAAUGGCUCAUCUGGGAAGUUUGGUGUUUUGUCGAGUAACUCUCGGGUGGCUUUUGAACAUCAUGUUUUGCCCUCAACACUGGCGAAAGUUUAUGAUGUUACACUGAAGCUAAAGGAUUCAUGGGAUUCAUAUCAAAGUGAUAAUGCGAAGAGAGAAAACAAUGAGCUGGUAGCGUAUUCUGUUGCAUACGCAAAGGAAAGCUUGUGUAUAUUUGAUAGCUCCUGCUCGGAAAAUAUGUUGUCUCAGACCUUAUCAAUUCUUGGUUGCGUGAUACUUAGAGCUAGUUCUGAUGAUGUUAUGGACUCUGUGUUGGAAAAAUACAACACAUCUAGUAUGGAAGAUCUAUAUCUGCUUGCAUCCACACUUAAGUUCAUGACUUGUUCGAUGUUGCAAGCCAUCCGGGUUCUCAGGAAUUGGAACUGGCAUCGAGCUGAAGCUGUAGGUGAUGUUCGAGCUUGCAAGGAAUACAAAGCCAUGAUGGAUGUUGUUCAACGUUUUGAACAGUUCAGUGUUCAUUUGCCCUGUCAAAGUUUCCUGCGCGAUAGACUGGAAUCUCAUCCUCACAGAAAUGUGAAGUCUAAGUGGAUGCUUAUGCAUUUUGCAGGCUUGCUGUCUGUAAGCUUUGCACUCAAGCUUGACUUUCUAGUGAAGGACUCCAUUUUUGGAAUGGUGAUAUCUCUGUAUUUAUUCAUCCUAGAAGGGGGUGACUUGGAAGCACUUGGGGAUUCAGUUGGACACUCAGAAAAUCCGUCAUCGUCCAUACCAUCAAGUGGUUCCAAACACUUGGCAGCUUCUGGUAAAGCUGACGAGACUGCAGUAGAUAGGAAACAGAGCGGGGCGGUUGCUUUGAAGUUUCACAAAAUCCGAACUUUGUAUAUGGGGAAGGUGUCUGAAGCUAAAGAUCCAGAGAAUGAUCCGGAUUCAGGAGUUGGUGUUGAAGAGGAAAGCUGCAAUGGGGAGAGAUUUCUGUGGUGUCUGGCUGGAAAAGGUAACCUGAGACAAACCGAUGUGGACGAGUUGGCAGAUUUCAUAGCGUGUGAGCCCGGUAAGGACUACUCCGACUGGCUAAAAGGGAGAGAACGAUUUCGGAAGCAGCGGUCGGACAAGAUUGCUAACCAAAGGUGGAAUAAGAAGAAAAAAGCUUGGAUCGAGAGCAGAGGAAGAGUGUCUAAAAGAUGAAUGUGUAUCUUCUGUUGUAAAAGAGUUAAUCAUGUAGAAAUGUCACUACUUUAGUCUCUGAUAAUUAUGUAAAAAUGGUUUCUAUUAUUAUUCGUGGAAAUUUUAUGACCCAACGCCCUUGCAAAGAGUAAAGAGACAAAAAGAAA